UAAAAAAAUUGCUCGUCAAAAUCCUUGAUUAUAGGUGUGUCCGCCUGUCCCCUUGAAACGCAAAUAAACUCUCACUCUUCUCCCUUUUCACUACACUCUCUCUCUAUCAUUCAAUCUCCUUAUUUACAACUAACUAAUAAUUCAACCCCUCAAUCCAUCCUCAUGGAAGCUCCCCAACUAACAUUCUCUCAUGAAAACCGCCACUCCUUCGAUUCCAAGCCCGGCGCUGCCGACCAUUUCAUGGUGGAGGAUCUUCUCGACUUCUCUAACGAUGAAGAUACUGCCAUUUCCGACGCUUUUGAUAAUGUCACCGGAAACUCCGCUGAUUCCUCCUCCGUCACUGUCGUUGACACCUGCAAUUCCUCCGCUUCCGAACCUGCCUUUAAUGCUGCUAACGCUGGCACCGACGCUGCUAAUUUCUCUAACGACCUUUGCGUGCCGUACGAUGAUUUAGCGGAGCUUGAAUGGCUAUCAAAUUUCGUGGAGGAAUCUUUUUCAAGCGAAGACUUGCACAAACUGCAGCUCAUCUCCGGCGUCAAAACUACACCUGACGAGUCAUCGGAAACUCGCACCGCCGUAGCUACGAAUACUAAUAAUAACAGCUGCGAAGAUAACCAUAACAACAGUUCAAUUUUCGACUCUGAAGUAUCAGUACCGGCGAAGGCACGUAGCAAGCGGUCACGAGCAGCACCAUGCAACUGGGCUUCGCGGUUGUUACUUCUCUCUCCGACGACCUCGUCAUUAUCGGAGGCGGAAGUGAGUAUGGGUCCGACCCAUCAUCCAAACACUGGGAAAAAGACAGUAAAAGCUUCGGGGGCGAAGCGGAGAGACAAUAUUGAGAAUGGAAAUAAUGGAGGAGAAGGACGAAAAUGUCUGCAUUGUGCCACCGACAAAACGCCGCAGUGGCGGACUGGGCCAAUGGGUCCGAAAACACUGUGUAACGCAUGUGGUGUGAGGUACAAGUCGGGUAGGCUUGUGCCAGAAUACCGACCCGCUGCGAGCCCGACUUUUGUACUGACCAAACAUUCCAAUUCUCACCGGAAAGUGAUGGAGCUGCGGCGGCAGAAGGAGGUGGUUUGGACUCAUCCGCCGCAGCAUCAUCAGCCGUAUUUUCAUCAUCAUCAGAGUAUGGUGUUUGAUGUACCCAACGGUGACGAUUAUUUGAUUCACCAACACGUGGGCCCAGAUUUCAGGCAACUUAUCUAGUACUGCUGGCAGGUUACUCAGAUUUUAGUUUUCAACAUUUAAUUUAGCUAUUCUUCUAAUUUACCAAGCCCUAAUUUUGCAUAACUUUUAAUUUUUCUUUUUAGACUGUUUAAUUCUGUCUUUUUGGAGCCUCAUUUGGCAAACUCUCUGGAAACUCAUUUUUUGUUAAUUUAGAUACAUUUUUCUUCU